GUGUUACGCUUAAAAAUAACUCUUGUACACUUGUGAGUAGUUUCUUUCUUGUUUAUUAGUUUUUAUAUCAGAAAUACAGCCAUGGAGGAAUACUAUCAGGGAAGUUCUCGAAGUAGAGGUUCUUCUUCGGUUAGCGACAAUGACCCAAGAGCGAAAAUCAAAGAUUGUUGCCGAAAAGUCAUCGCCUUUAUGUGUACCCAAGUCGGAUUGGGAGCGUUAGUUUUCGGUUACACCUUAGUGGGAGCUGUUAGUUUCAUGACCCUUGAACAGAAAGGGGUAAAUAUAGAACCUGUACAAAUCAAUGAAAAGAGAGAGGAAUAUCUGGUAAAGCUGUACAAAGUUGCACUCAAACACAACAUAUUCGAUGUGGACAGCUUUUUUUCUGAUUCCGAUGCAGUGUUAAAAAGCUAUCAGGAAAAAGUUGUCGAGAUCUUUAAGUAUGGAUAUAGCGAAAGGUCAGUGAACGAUAUGUGGACGUUUUCGGCAGCCUUGAUGUAUUCUCUAAGUGUUAUAACAAUGAUUGGUUAUGGAAAUUUAGUGCCAAGAACUUCUUACGGAAAAAUAGCAACUGUUGUAUAUGCGCUUUUUGGUAUACCGCUGUAUGUUUUGUUCUUUCUGAAUGUUGGGGAUGCUCUAGCUGGAAGUUUCAGGUGGAUAUACAGAAAAAUGUACAAAUGCUCAACUCAGCCUGAAGAAACGGAGGAGAUUCCAAAACGGAUUAUAGUGCCUUCUAGCGCUUGCAUUUGGGUGAUGAUUAUAUAUGUGAUAGCUGGUGCUGCUAUUUUCAGUGCCUGGGAGGGUUGGGGAUUUCUCGACAGCGUUUACUUCUGCGUUACGAGUCUGUGCAAGAUUGGAAUGGGCGAUUUUGUGCCUGGAAUGGACGAUUUUGUGCCUGGAACUAGCACUGUUGACAACGAAGCAGAAGGACAUUCCAAGUUAGUUCUGAGUUACAUCUACAUAUUUUUCGGUUUAGGACUUGUAGCCAUGUGUUAUAAUCUGAUGAGGGAAGAAAUCAGAGAAAAAGUGAAGAAUAUCAGAGAAGAUUUUACGCAGUGUGUAGAAGAUACUAGACUUAGGAUUCUUGAGUGCUGUAAAAAAAUGCGUGGUGAACAAGAAGAGUACUACUGAAUUCUAAAAUAGUGCAGUGGCGAACAAAAGUAUUAUUAGGUGUACAAUUUAAGAUAAAACUUUUAUAUAUUUUUAUAAACGUCAGAAACAAUAAAUAUCAAUUUCAUUAACA